CUCGCCAGUUGUCGAUUUUGGGCGUCGGCACUCAUCGAUGGGCUACAAGGGCUACAAGUGGCUUGCCCCGAUUCUUGGCCCAGCAGAGGGCUUCAUCUCGCUGUUCGGCAAGUUCAUUCUGUUCGCACCUGGCGCGCUGUUCAUCAUUGGUUACGCCUUGUCGUGGAAGAUCUCGCCCGAGACGACCUGGAUCCACGACAUGAGGGCGCGGACGGAGAGGAACGUCGACAAGUACGCCCACCUCACAGACCAGUGGAAGGACCACAACGAGAAGGUCUACAGGUGGCGUCAAGUGGAUGAGUGAGUGACCGAUGGAUGGUGAUGAGGAUGAUGGGACUUGCUACUUGUGACUUG